GUUACAUACCAUUGGCAUAUGUCGACUGGCAUUUAUCGAAAUAGGGUCGUCAUCUAUAUCAUCGACACAGGAUUCACCGGUAUAUACACAACAACAACCACUAGUUCAUCAUCACAUGAGAUACCAGAGCAAUGGUUAUACAAGUAAUGGUUGUCUAAGUCAUCAAACAAAUCAAUUUUAUAACUCAUCAAUGGCACCGCUGAUGACGACCAUCAAUGGCGGCGCCAACGGCAGUGCAACUGCAUGUACGACACCGACAACGACAACAACAGCAUCGUCGGCAUCAACGAUAGGUUGUCCGCAGCCAACAACACGUAUACUUAGACCGCACUCGACACCGGCAACACUGAUCUGGUUGGAAGAUAAUUACGAGUUGGCCGAAGGUGUUUGCAUACCCCGGAGCGUACUUUAUAUGCAUUACGUGGACUUCUGCGGCAACAACAAUGUCCAGCCCGUAAACGCUGCCUCCUUUGGAAAGAUUAUUAGACAACAGUUUCCCCAAUUAACAACCCGACGAUUGGGCACUAGAGGCCAAUCACGUUAUCAUUAUUAUGGUAUUGCCAUUAGAGAGACAUCCGUUUACUAUCAGUCGUCGUACUCGAAAAAAUCGGGACAAAAUAAUGUUGAUCCACUAAAACGUGAGGCACGUGAAAAUAUUAAUAAACAGUCUAUACCAACAACAAUCAGCUCCCGGAGCCGUACGGCCACAAUGUUGCCUCAGUUUCCUAACCUAAAAGAUGUUAUAUUGCACAGCAGUUUGGAUAAGGAUAAGAUUUCAACAUUUUUAAUGAUGUACCGAACCCAUUGUCAGCGCAUACUGGACACUGUCAUACGGGCCAACUUCGAUGAGGUCCAGACAUUUUUGUUACACUUUUGGCAGGGGGUUCCACCACACCUGAGCCCAAUACUUGAGUGCAAUUCAGUAAUCAAUUUAAUUGGUGUUUGCGACUCAAUACUAUACAAGACAAUAGCUAACGUACUGUUGCCGUCAGUGUUGCAAACAUUGCCCGAAAGUUUAACAAAAAUGAUGAAACAGUUUGCCUCUGAGUUGGACAGUUGGCUUCGUAUGUCACUCUACAAUCUACCGGAGACUCUACGCUCGGUUAAGCUAGAGUUGGCCCGACGUUUCGGUCAAGUGUUACGCCGACAGACAUCGCUGAACCAUUUGUCGCAGGCCUUACGUAUGGUUGUCAACAAUACAGAUAUAACACUACAAAUGUUAAGGGACUGGCGUACGAUUGAUGUCCAAAAUAUUUGUGCCAACAUUUUUGCCGACUAUUUUAACAUUGAAAACAAUACCACUGUUGAUAAUGGCGACAACAACGACGUUAUGGAUGACAACGACACCAAUUGCAAUGAUGACGAUACCUGUGCUUCUGGUGUCGGCGCUGAUGAUAAUAAUAGCAAUACACGCAUCAACACCAACAACAGCAACAGGUCUUGCAAUUCAAAGAUAAAGUUGAUCUCAAAAUUUUGCGAGCAAUUUGAGCAUUUACUGGAAGAGGAGGCACAAAUUGAAAACUAUUUAGAGUGGUUGGAGUCAAUCGUUCACAAGUGUGUCCUAUAUCCGAGUCUCAAAUGUACCAAUACAUCGACUUUACGCCGCUAUUCCCGACAUUUUCUGCUUCUGUGGUCGGCAUUUGGCUCCCGUGUCAUCCAAGACAUGACUCUACAAAGUGCACAAAGCUUUGGAUCAUUUCACUUAUUACGGCUUAUGUUUGACGACUAUGUCCUCUAUUUGGUCGAAUAUGUCCAACUGGAUGAACAAAUGAAACAAUUUCUACGG